AUGCACGCCGGCCGCGCGAAGAAGGCCGCCGGCGCGGCGGCGCUCGCGCUGGGGUCGUCGGUGUUCACGCACGCGGACGCGGUGGACGUGGCGCUGAUGGCGCUGGGCCUGGUCGGCGCGGUCGGCGACGGCAUGGCCACGCCCCUGCGGCUCCUCAUCGCCAGCCGCAUCGCCAACGACCUCGGCAGCGGCCCCGACCACCUCGACCAGUUCACCUCCAGGAUCAACGCGAACGUGAUCAAAAUUGUCUUCAUAGCGUGCGCCGCCUGGGUCAUGGCGUUCCUCGAGGGGUACUGCUGGGCGCGCACGGCGGAGCGGCAGGCGUCGCGGAUGCGGGCGCGGUACCUGCAGGCGGUGCUCCGGCAGGACGUGGAGUACUUCGACCUCCGGGCCGGCUCCACGUCGGAGGUGGUCACCAGCGUCUCCAACGACAGCCUCGUCGUGCAGGACGCGCUGGCCGAGAAGGUGCCCAGCUUCGUGAUGUACGUCUCCACGUUCGCCGGCAGCUACGUCGUCGGGUUCGCGCUGCUGUGGCGGCUCACGCUAGUGACGCUGCCGUCCGCGCUCCUCCUCAUCGUCCCGGGCGUCGCGUACGGGCGCGCCCUUACGGACCUCGCGCGCCGGAUCAGGGAACAGUACGCGCGCCCGGGCGCCGUCGCCGAGCAGGCCGUGUCCUCGGUGCGCACCGUGUACUCGUUCGUGGCCGAGAGGGCCACCAUGGCGCGGUUCUCCGCCGCGCUCGAGGAGUCGGCGCGGCUCGGGCUCAGGCAGGGGCUCGCCAAGGGCGUCGCUGUCGGCAGCAACGGCAUCGCCUUCGCCAUCUACGCCUUCAACAUCUGGUACGGCAGCCGCCUCGUCAUGUACCACGGCUACCCGGGCGGCACCGUCUUCGUCGUCUCCUCCCUCAUCGUCAUCGGAGGCGUGUCACUGGGGUCGGCGCUGUCGAACGUCAAGUACUUCUCGGAGGCGACCGCGGCGGCGGAAAGGACCCUUGAGAUGAUACGGCGGGUGCCCAAGAUUGAUUCCGAGAGUGCCGCCGGCGAGGAGCUGGCCAACGUCGCCGGCGAGGUGGAGUUCAAGCACGUCGAUUUCUGCUACCCGUCGCGGCCGGGGAGCCCCGUCCUGGCCAACUUCAGCCUGCGGGUGCCGGCCGGGCACACGGUGGCGCUCGUCGGCCAGAGCGGGUCCGGAAAAUCGACGGCGAUCGCGCUGCUGGAGCGGUUCUACGACCCGUCGGCCGGGGAGGUGGCGCUGGACGGCGUGGACAUCCGGCGGCUGCGUCUCAAGUGGCUGCGCGCGCAGAUGGGGCUGGUCAGCCAGGAGCCCGCCAUGUUUGCGAUGUCAGUGCGGGAGAAUAUACUUUUCGGCAAGGAGGAUGCGACCGGGGAGGAGGUCAUCGCCGCAGCAAAGGCGGCCAACGCCCACAGCUUCAUCUCGCAGCUGCCGCAGGGCUACGAAACGCAGGUGGGUGAGCGCGGUGCGCAGAUGUCUGGAGGGCAGAAGCAACGGAUCGCCAUUGCUAGGGCUAUUCUGAGGUCACCCAAGAUCUUGCUCCUUGACGAAGCCACAAGCGCACUGGACACCGAGUCCGAGUCCAUCGUGCAGGAGGCGCUUGACGUGGCCUCCAAGGGCCGGACCACCAUCGUCGUUGCGCAUCGCCUCUCCACCAUCCGGAACGCUGACAGCAUAGCCGUCAUGCAGUCUGGUGCAGUCCAUGAGCUAGGCUCUCACAGUGAGCUUAUUGCCAAGAAUGGCAUGUACUCAUCUCUUGUCCGUCUUCAGCAGACCAGAGAUUCUAGCGAGGGCGGCGGAAUUUGUCGCGCAUCUCCUAGUGCAGGGCAAUGCGGCAGCAACACAAGCAAGAUGCUCUCUUCAGCUAGCAGGUCAGAUUGGACACUGUCCAAGGGUGAUGCAAGAGAUGGCGACGGCACUGAGAAGCCAAAGGCUCCGGUGCCAUCCCUAGGAAGGAUGCUUCUCCUUAACGCGCCAGAGUGGAAGCAUGCAUUGGUGGGAAGCUUAAGCGCAAUCCUGUCUGGAGGCAUCCAGCCUAUUUAUGCGUACGGCAUGGGGAGCACGUUCUCCAUUUACUACUCGAAAGAUCAUGAAGAGAUCAAGGGCAAAACAAGGUUGUAUGCUCUCAUUUUUCUCGCUCUUGUGGUGAUCUCAUUCUUGCUCAACAUUGGGCAGCAUUAUAGCUUCAGUGCCAUGGGUGAGUACCUGACCAUGAGGAUCAGGGAACGGAUGCUUGGAAAGAUCCUCACUUUUGAGAUUGGAUGGUUUGACCAAGACGACAACUCCAGCGGUGUUAUAUGCUCGCAGCUUGCCAAGGACGCCAACAUUGUAAGGUCACUCGUGGGCGACCGAAUAGCCUUGGUGGUCCAGACAGUGUCCAUGGUGUUCAUUGCUUUCACCGUGGGUCUCGUCAUCUCCUGGCGUCUGGCCCUGGUCAUGAUAGCAAUGCAGCCGUUCAUCAUCGCUUGCUCCUACGCUCGCCGUGUCUUUCUGAAGAGCAUGUCCAUGAAAUCAAUACAGGCGCAGGCCGAAACCAGCAAGAUAGCUGCCGAUGCUGUCUCGAACCUCCGCACCAUCACCGCCUUCUCAUCCCAAGACCGCAUCCUGCGCCUCUUCGCCCGAGCCCAGGAUGGGCCGUACAGGGAAAGCAUCCGGCAGUCGUGGUUCACAGGCUUCGGGCUCGGCACCUCCGUGAGCCUCACGAUCUUCUCGUGGGCCCUCAACUACUGGUACUGCGGCAUGCUCAUGGCGGAGCGGCUCAUCACCGUCGAGGCGGCCUUCCAAACCACUAUGAUUCUAGUUACCACAGGGCGUGUGAUAGCGGAUGCGUGCAGCAUGACGACGGAUAUCGCCAAGGGCGCCGAUGCGGUCUCCUCGGUGUUUGCUAUUCUUGACCGCCAGACGAAGAUCGACCCGGACAAUCCUAAAGGUCACAAGCCGGAGAAGAUCACAGGAGAUGUGGAAAUUAUAGACGUCGAUUUCGCGUACCCGUCAAGGCUAGAUGUCACCAUCUUCAAAGGAUUCUCCUUGAGCAUAGUGGCAGGCAAGUCAACAGCCCUCGUAGGGCAAAGCGGCUCCGGCAAGUCGACCAUCAUCGGGCUCAUAGAGCGGUUCUACGAUCCACUCAAGGGAGUGGUGAACAUAGAUGGUAGAGACAUCAGAGCGUACAAUCUCCAGGCCCUGCGCCGGCACAUCGGGCUCGUCAGCCAGGAGCCGACGCUGUUCGCCGGCACCAUCAAGGAGAACAUAAUGCUGGAGGCGGAGGCGGCGAGCGAGGCCGAGGUCGAGGACGCGGCGAGGUCUGCCAACGCGCACGACUUCAUCAGCACCCUCAAGGAUGGGUAUGACACGUGGUGUGGAGAUCGGGGCGUCCAGCUAUCGGGAGGUCAGAAGCAGCGCAUCGCGAUCGCCCGCGCCAUCCUCAAGAACCCGGCUGUGCUGCUGCUGGACGAGGCGACGAGCGCGCUGGACGGCGCGUCCGAGAAGGCGGUGCAGGAGGCGCUGGAGAGGGUGAUGGUCGGCCGGACGAGCGUGGUGGUGGCGCACAGGCUCAGCACCGUCCAGAGCUGUGAUACGAUCGCCGUGCUUGAGAGAGGAGUCGUCGUGGAGAAGGGCACGCAUGCGUCCCUGAUGGCCAAUGGCCGCUCCGGGGCGUACUUUGGGUUGGUCAGUUUGCAGCAGGGAGGCAAGCAGCACUGA